CAGAGCAUCUUGUAUCCCUCGCAUAUCACUUGUACCACCCCCCAGAGCCUUGUCCCCCAAAACAUCGAAUCUGUCUCUUCACAACCAUAGCGCGCUGGGUUUGAACAACAACCUCGUCUCUUUCUGUUACAUCCAUCCCCAAUAGCAAUUCUGUUCCAUCACUGCUCCAGAGAAAUCAUGGCUGAAUCCAAGCAACCAGUCCGACCGGACUACCCUAGUCAGAAGCCCAGCGCUUUCCCCGAACCCCCGUACCGUCCAUAUUGGGAACGAAGCCCAAUCCAAUACGCUCACGAUCUCCUUGGAUACUCGGAGGACCCGAUAGAAUACGACCACAACGACCGCGACUAUUGGGACAACUGCUUCUUCUUCCCGGAGGACUGUUCUUGGUCCCCGCCGAAAGACUGGACCAUCGAGGAACAUAUCAGCAGUAGCAGCAGCAACACCGCACCAGAAGCUUGCCACGAGCAGUCCACGGACGACACAAUCGCCAUGAUUCCCGGACUUCCCGAUAUCAAGAUGUUAGAUGCAGAGGCCCUGAGUGACCUGCUAGAAGACAACCUCUCACCCCCCGAAAUCACGUCGAUAAUAGUCUUUUCUACCAACGGUGCCAUCUUCGCCUACGCCUCCACUCUCUCAUCCCGCCAACUCCGUAAUCUAAGCGCCACCUACGGCGCAGCCUAUACCUGUUACGCAAAGAAUGCCUCAACGGGCAACCUCACCGGCGUGAACCCCGCCAGCCAUCCGUCGUCAUACGUGACCACUCCCUCCGUAUCCCUCGGCGACGUCGGAUCGAUUGUCUUUGAGCUCGACGACUCGGUAGCCGUCGUCACCCCCAUAGCCGACAAGGUCCUCCUGGCCGCCAUCGGACCCUCCAAUUUGGGCAGCAACAGCGCCCAGGAUGCAUCCGCCAGCACCACGAACGGUCACACACACGCAACCCCGAACGGCUCCACGCACCACAGCCACCACAACCACCACCAUGCAUCAGGCGCAAACACCCCCGACUCCACCUCCAACAACACCCACAAUGUCCGCACCUACGCCAGCGUUGUAUCAUCCAACGCCGGGGGCAGCAGAAGUAACGGCGCCAGCGCGUCAGGUGGUGGCGGCGGCGGCGGCGGCGGUGACACAAGCGACUCGCAAACAGACUCGCACCUCGAGACCCAAUACGAGAUCGACCGCAGCAGCGACCUUGCCCGUCUCGCCACGCUGAACCUCUCCGCUUCCCCGGAGAUCCUUCUCGCCCUGGAGUCCAAAUCCGCCGCCCUGGGUCGGUUCCUAAGCCAGAAGCUAGAAGACCUAGAAAGUCCGGAGGACUUCUAGAGCCCGUCGCCGCUCCCAUGUCCACCUCCCCUGCCCCGUUUUGCUGCUGCCGCUGUAUGCCUGAUGGUCUUCCAUACCACCAUCCCAGAAAUCCAGCUGCCCACUCAACCCUCUAUCCCAAACUCUGAAUUCACAUCUGGCCUGGCAAGCUAGGCACCUAACAUAUUGACCUGAAUCUCUAACCCUCUAUCUUUCUUCCAUUCUCUCUGAGCGGGCUC